CAACCCACGUUUUUUCAUUUUUUUUCCGAAGAACUGAGAAAUCCUUUGAUCCUUCGAAAUCCUCCAUAUUCAUUCCAGAAAAAAUGGCGAAUGUUACUUUGACGGGGCUGUUGAAGAAGGCGGCGACCGAAUUCCCCAACAGAACAGCUUUAUCGGCUUCGGGAAAAUUCGAUUUCACGCAUUCUCAAUUGCAAGAGCUCGUCGAUCACGCCGCCUCCCUCCUCGUCGCCUCCGGCAUCAAGCCCGGUGAUGUUGUUGCUCUCACUUUCCCUAACACCGUGGAGUUUGUGAUCAUGUUCUUGGCUGUAAUUCGGUGCCGAGCCACAGCCGCGCCGCUAAAUGCGGCCUACACGGCGGAGGAGUUCGAGUUCUACCUCUCGGACUCAGAGUCCAGGCUUCUCCUAGUCCCGACGGAAGGCAUUCAGGCAGCUCAAGUCGCGGCAUCCAACCUAAACAUCCCCACCGUGUCCGCCGCUCUUCAUGGUGGCGAGUCCAAAAUCAGCCUUUCCUCAAAUCCCGAGUCAAGUCCUGACUCAGUCCGGCAACUCGUAAAUGACCCUGAAGACGUGUCACUGUUCCUCCACACUUCCGGGACCACGAGUCGGCCCAAGGGUGUUCCUCUGACUCAGCUUAAUCUAGCCACCUCUGUUUUGAACAUCAAGACAGUGUAUAAACUCACUGAGUCUGACUCGACGGUGAUCGUUCUUCCGCUGUUUCACGUUCACGGCCUGUUAGCGGGGUUGUUGAGUUCCCUUGUAAGCGGAGCUGCCGUGACGCUCCCAGCGGCCGGCAGAUUCUCAGCUUCCACCUUUUGGUCCGAUAUGAUCAAUUACAACGCGACGUGGUACACGGCGGUUCCUACCAUACACCAAAUCGUAUUGGAUCGUCAUACCAGCAAGCCGGAGCCGGUUUAUCCCAAGCUGAGGUUUAUCAGAAGUUGCAGUGCAUCUCUGGCACCGAGUAUAUUGGCAAGGCUGGAGGAGGCCUUCGGAGCGCCGGUGCUCGAGGCGUACGCCAUGACCGAGGCGGCUCAUCUCAUGGCGUCAAACCCAUUACCCGAAGAAGGCCCGCAUAAGGCUGGGUCUGUUGGGAAGCCGGUGGGUCAAGAAAUGGGAAUUCUGAACGAGCAAGGUGAAGUGCAACCCCCAAAUGCUAAUGGGGAGGUUUGCAUCAGGGGAUUGAACGUCACGAAGGGUUAUAAGAACAAUCCUGAGGCCAAUAAAUCAGCUUUCCAAUUUGGUUGGUUUCAUACUGGGGACCUUGGCUUUUUUGACUCUGAUGGCUAUUUGCAUCUUGUUGGUCGCAUCAAGGAACUCAUCAAUCGUGGAGGUGAAAAAAUAUCACCAAUUGAAGUGGAUGCAGUGCUUUUAGCUCAUCCUGAUGCUGCAGAGGCAGUUGCCUUUGGCGUUCCUGAUGAGAAAUAUGGUGAAGAGAUAAAUUGUGCUGUAAUUCCAAGGGAAGGAUCGACUCUGAAUGACGCUGAGCUAUUGCAACACUGCAAGAAGAAUCUUGCAAGUUUCAAGGUUCCCAAAAAAGUGUUCAUCACUGAUUUCCUCCCAAAGACUGCGACCGGAAAGAUCCAGCGUAGAAUUGUGGCAGAGCAUUUCUUGUCUCAAAUGUCUGCUGCCAAAGUCCCUAAAUUUGGAGCUUAAUCUAGAACGUACUGCUCCAUGCCAAUUAUUUUUUUGACAGCAUUAUGUGUUGAAAAUUUCAUGAAUUAUACCUUGGUUCUAGACUCAUCGAUAUUCAUAAUCAUUGAAUACAUUACACAUUGAUCAAUAAAGUAGGCACUGAUUUGAGGUGAAAAUUUUGCUUCAUUUGUUGUUGAGUUUUUACUCUAAUGCGAGAUAUUGGCUUUGUUUUGAUUAUUAUGAACAAUAAACAGACAUAAACUGA